AUGAUUGCGAAUUUUAGAACAUACGCUAACGGUUCUGCAGAGAUCGUAGGAGGGUACGGUCCUCCUGCUGCUCCUGUUGUUCCUACAGUUCCCGUAGGGCCUGCACCAACAACAUAUGUGGAGCCAGUUCCUAUCCCAGUGCUACCCACAAAGGUGGUGGAGCCGGUACCUGUCCCUGUAGCACCUGCAAAGGUUGUGGUUCCACCGUCUACGUAUGUACCAUCAUUACCUCCACCCCCCGUAUACGUGGCUCCACCUCCACCUCCUCCACCUCCACCACCUCCGCCACCUCCACCUCCUCCCCCACCA